UCAUAAUAGUUCACAUUUUCUUAGCAGUUAAUCAAAAAAUGCCGAUUCAACAUAAGAAGAAUAAUUUAGCGAUGAUAAGCGCCUCUUGGAUGGUGCUAGUAUUCGUCAUUGCAGCUCAUGUCGAUGCCAUUCGCGGUGUUGAUAUCAUUGACGGUGUAUUAAACACCACCAAAAAUGUCAUUGGUGCUGUGCCACUGUUCAAUGCCACCAAUAAGCCAAUCGGGCCAAUCCCGGCUAUUUGCAAACUAAUGAAGUUCGAACAGGCUUGCAUUGAUACCUUAAACAAAGCGGAACCCCGCCACGUAAAUGAUCCGAAAGAACUUAUUAAGAUUGGAUUCCAGUCGAACUUGGUGCAACUCCAUGGAUCACUCAGUUUUUCAGGAGGGUUGCUGAGGCGGGAGAGAGAACCAAGGGCCAAGUUGGCUCUUCACAGUUGUCAGGAGCUUAUGGAUUAUGCAAUCGAUGGAAUCAAUAGAUGUUUCGAACAUAUAAAUCCUUUGGAUAUCUUCAAGAUUUGUGACGUCGUAAAAGACUUGCAAGUUUGGUUAUCGGCGGCAUUGACGUACCAAGACACAUGUUUGGAUGGUUUUGAAAGCUCAAACAGUAAUUCUGGGGUAUCCAUGAAAGGAUCAUUAAAGUCUACAAUGGAGCUGACUAAUAAUGGACUUAGCAUGGUUUCUGAACUCACAAAAAUCCUUGGCAUUUUCAAGAUUCCAUUUCUUCACCAUGGAGAAGAACCGGAAUCAAAUUCCGAAUCAGAAGCGUCCACUGCACAAGGUUUCUUCACAGCAGGGGAACCAAAGUCAGAAUCAGAAUCAACUUCUCAAGAACCGAAGUCAGAAUCAGGAUCAACUUCUCAAGAAUCGAAGUCAGAAUCAGAAUCGACUUCUCAAGGCUUGUUCACUGCAGGGGACUCGAAAUCAGAAUCAGAAUCAGAAUCAGAAUCGACUUUACCAAGUUGGGCCACGGCAGGGCAGCGCAAACUCCUGCAAAGCAAUUCCGAUUCGAUCACUCCUAAUGUUGUUGUAGCCCUUGACGGGAGCGGUAAGUAUAAGUCAGUCGGGGAUGCACUCCAAGAGGUUCCUAUGAAGAACAAGAAACCAUUUAUAAUUUAUGUAAAGGAGGGUCUUUAUAAUGAAUGGGUCAACAUUACCAAGCAAAUGACCAAUGUGAUGUUGAUUGGAGAUGGCGCCACAAAAACAAAGAUCACCAACAACAAAGGCUUUACGGACGGGAUCAACACUUUUUCAACCGCAACAUUCAGUGUCGUUGGAGAUGGUUUCAUGGCCAAGGACAUUGGAUUUGAAAACAGCGCAGGAGCAGUUAAACACCAAGCUGUGGCAUUGAGGGUCUCGGCCGAUAUGUCUAUCUUUUAUAGAGUACAGAUUGAUGGUUACCAAGACACAUUAUAUGCUCACGCCAAUCGCCAAUUUUACAGAGAAUGUACCAUCACUGGGACAAUAGAUUUCAUUUUUGGUGCUGCAAUGGCAUUAUUCCAAAACUGCAAAAUCAUAGUAAGGAAACCUAUGGAAAAUCAAUCAAACAUGGUGCUCGCCAGUGGAAGGAAAACGAAAUAUGACCCAGCUGCCCUCGUCCUCCAGAACUGCACCAUCACCGCAGACCCCUUGUUGUUCCCCGAGAGGUUUACGUUGAAGUCCUACUUGGGUCGGCCGUGGAAAGAAUAUGCAAGACACAUAAUCAUGGAUAGUCAAAUUGAUGACUUGAUCGAUCCGGCAGGUUGGCAUGAAUGGAUGGGCGACUUUGGUCUCAAUACUUGCUUCUUUGCAGAAGUUAAUAACAGGGGUCCUGGUGCUGCCUUGACAAAAAGAGUUAAGUGGCGUGGUGUAAAGACGGGAGCCCUGCCUCCAGAACAUUUUAAACAGUUCACUGCCACUUCUAAUGUUAUGAAGGGUGGUAAGUUUAUCAUGAAUUCUGGUGUCCCCUACACUGCAGGAAUGUGAUUUAUCAUGACUUCUGGUGUCCCUUACAAUGCAGGAAUGUGAUGAUGUACAUAGUUUCAAAGAGUCCGUCAGAUAUACAAUCUUGACCGGGACGACUAAAAAAGAAGAAGAAAGCUACCAAAGCGUUUAUACUCUCAAUACGUCGAUUUUUUAUGAUCAAGUAGGAAUUAAGCAGCCGCAAUAUUUGCAUACUUAGUCAAUCCAGUCCUCUCGAUCGUCACUAGUGUUUUUUUCCUUACGAAAACCUGUACGAUCAUUUUUGUGUGAAUGUACAUGCAUGUUGGUUCAUGGAUCAAUAAAAUUUUGUAAUUACUAUUUAGUCUAUGCUUGUGCAAUCCCAUCUACCGAGCUAGCUAUAUUGCAAUAUGAAACUAAGAUCGAUCA